CGCGGAGCAGCGCGACGCGGCGGGGGCCGCGCGCGCGGCGCAGGGGGCGGCGAUGAAGGCGCAGGCCAUGGAGCAGCAGAGGAACGCGCUGGGGCGGAUGGAGAGCUGCAGGCAAGACGUGGUGUCCUCCGCCCGGAAGCAGUUGCAGGCGGUCGCUGGUCUCCGCGCAGAGCAACAACAACUGAGGCGAGAUAUGGUCAAAUUCCAAGAGGAGAUGAAGGUCCUAUUGGAGCCGAGCAAUGCGCUGCGGGUCCUCAACCGUGGCACGUUCCACAUGAAGGCUGAGGAGCAGAAGCAAAGGCUGCAGAAGUCUAUGGAAGAGCUUUCUGUGGCAAUGCGGGUGGAGCAGCAGCAACACGUGCGGGCUUCAGCGAGCUUCGGAGCUGAGUGCGACCACUUCGCGGUGGCUGGGCGGCGAGUCCAAGCGCUGCUGGCGCGCCAGACGACGCUGCAGGCGUCGCAGCUGGAGGCCCUUGAGAAGAAGACACGCUUAGACCAGGAGGAUUGGAAAGAGGAACUGGGGAGAUUGGAGAGGUACUGCGAGGAAGCGAGGUUGAAGCAGUGCCAAGACGACGAGGGCCUCGCUUUGCUGCAAGCCAAGCAGGAACACCUGGAGCAGCAGAUCAGCAGCACAGAGGCUAGCAUCCAAGCGGCUUACCAGGAGCAAUUGGAGCUUACUCUCCGCAGCCAACAAGCAGAGGCAGCGCUCAGCGCUGCCUGCGGUUGUACUCGGCAUUUGCAUCAGCAGAUCAUGCACUUGGAGCAGGCAAUGCAGAGCAGCAGCCAGCCGGAGCUGGAGAGUGCAAAGCUUGACUCUGAGCACAAGGCGCACGCCCGGUCCGCCCUGCGGGCGUUGGAGGCCGACGGCCGGCAGCGGCACCUGGAGGCUCUAUCCGCCAAGUUGGAGGAGGGGGAGCAGGUCAUCCGCACUCUGGAUGUCAAGUUGAAUGAGGAGAAUGCCCAGUGCGACCAGUUCACAAGUGAACUCUCGGAGCUGCGCCGGUCGCUGGGAGACCUACAGGAUGCAUGCCAAAGUCAACAGGACGAGCUGGUCGCUCAGCGCAGAAGCGCUGGUGGUGCUGUGACCGAGCUCCAGGUGGACUGCGAGCGUUUGUCCAGCGAGGUGGCGGACGUGGAAUGGGAGAUCAACAGGCUUGAGGAGCACCGUGCCCUCCUGCAGCGUCUCUGGCACGACGGCGCCCGGCGCCUCCAACGCCGGGCCGGUGACGGCGAGGUCCGCGGCGAAGAGGAGAAGCUCCAUUUGCUCAAGCUGCAGCUUUCGGGCAUGUUGGAACAGGAGAGCCAGUUGCGCUCAGAGGCGGCAGCUGGUCGUCAGCAAGUUGCAUCCAGCAAGUUGGAGCAGAGCGGGCGGUUGAAGCAGAAGGAACUCCUCAGAGCUCAAGAGAUCGCUGAGCUUCGGCUCCGGUUGAAAGAAGAGACCGUGGCCAAAGAGCAGGCCCAAGAAGAGCUGAAAGUAGCUUCCCAAGGCGACCUGGUCAUGUUCAAGAAAACCGAGGAGUUGUGCCUGCAGAAAGUGGACGCUGCACGGCGCAAGAAGGGAACCGUCCAGGAGAGCCGUCGCAAAGCCCUGCAGGCUGCGACCGAGGCCAUGGCAGAGCUACAACGCAAGCAGCAAGGGCUAGAACAGCAACUGGCCAGUGUCAGGCAACGCUUGAAUCAGGGCGAACAGCACUUGCACUGGACUCGUCAGCAGCUGCAAAUGCAGGAGUCUGGCCCCAGCACUCGUGCAAGAGCUGAGGUGGAACGCUUGGACCGUGCCAUUCAACAGGCCAUGGACCAGGACGCCUCGUUGACGAAACAGCUGGAGGCUCAGCAGGGGCCUCGCCACCUCAAAGCUGCGAUCGCGACCCCGGCUUCGCCUCAAGCUGAGCCUCAAACUUUGCAUCAGAGGCCCUUCCAAACAGAUGGCUUUCAGCAGAUCCAGCAGAAGUUGGACAGCCACAUCCAUCGCUUGCAGCAACACACCGACCAGCUCCGGAGCAGCGUCGAUUUGCCAGCACACCCUGACAAGCGCACAGGUGACAUCACAUCGCUAAUGUACCACAACCAGACCCCAGGUCUGGGCGCGCAAAGACCGCGGUGAAUGGAAAAAGUGCCCCAGGUCCGGAUACCACGCUCAAGGUUGGCCACGGAAGGGUUGGUGAUUCAGA